AAUCUCCCGGACACCUUCAUCAUAACAACCUCCCUCCCGGACACCUACAUAAUCGCGGAUACCUAUAAUCCUGUAAACCAUCAUACUCUCGUUCUCUCUCUCGGUUUUCGUAAUCAACCACGCUCGCUUUCACGCUCGCUUUCACACUACCUUCUCGAUAUGGACCGACAUGACGCCAAUCCCUGGGCAAAGAUGACACCUCCUAAGUUGAAGCUUCCUGCUUUGCCCGAGCUGCUACCACCCCCGCACAUCUCUCCCACCGCGAAACCUCAGGGGGCCAAGACCAGGCUUAAGCGGUUCAUCAACAAAUUGAAAGGAGGUCGCCAAGUCGUCGACGAAUCCGCCGAACCACCGGCAAAGAGGAGGCGCGGGGAUCGAGAAGCCAUAGUCGUUCCGUCCUCGCCCCUUACCCCGCCGCCACCUUGCUCGUCGGUCUCGGCUCCACCGAGCUCCCCGUUGAGUCCCCCGCCGCUGUUCGGAUUCGGGACAGGGACCCCGCACGAGUUCCGGUUCGAGGACAAGGGCAACAUCGACAAGGGCAAGGGUCGAGCCAUUGCCUCCCCUUCGCCCAAGAAGGUCAAAAGGAAGCCAGUCCCGGCGAUAGACGACCCAGUCCACCCAGUCCCACUGUCGAAGAAGAGGAAGCACGAGGACAGCGAUGCGGACGGUGACAGUGAUGCGGACGGUCCCAGGCCGUUUCAGAGGAGGGUGAUCGAUUUCGAUCGUCAACCCGAAGAGGUCGUCCCUGCCGACGUCGAGAAGCAGAUGGUCUCUGUCGGCGUACAGACAUCUAGCGAAACCAAGUCGGUUGGGACCACCACUUCUUCGAUCCAGACGUCGUCUAUCGGCGUCAAUACCUCUCUGGGCCAAACCUCGUCUAUCGGGAUCAAUACCUCUCCGGGCCAAACCUCGUCUAUCGGGAUCAAUACCUCGAGUCAGACCUCGUCGGUCGAUACCUCGAUCGAAAAUUCGUCCAUCGAGACGACCUCGUUGGACGGGACCGGUCCCUCGAUCAUCGAUAUCAGCGAUGACGAGACCGUGGCUCCAGGGGAGUCGUCGUACAUCGACUACGGCGAGGACGAGACCGUGGCUCCAGGGGAGUCGUCUUACAUCGACUACGGCGAGGAAGAGGACGCGACCGACGAUGCGAUCGACAAGCUUGAAGCACGGGUGGAUAAACAAGCGGAAGAAAUGGCUCUCUUUCGCUUGACGGUCAAUCCACCAUUAGGAGCGCAUACCCUCUUCCUCGACUUUCAUGCAGAGCUGAGGAGGCUUCUUCAAGCAAGGUCAAGGGCCGAAGCGACUAAGGCGAUCGAAAUUGAAGCGGUUGCGAAACUUCGUGGGACAAUCGAUCUCAUCUGGUGGGGGACUGAAGUCGAAUGGCCCGAUGUUGCAAAGGCCGGGGAUGUUGCAAAGGCUGGGGAUGCCGCAACGCCCGGGGAUGUCGCAACCUGUUACCCCGGCGAUGGCAAGGCGUUUCUGGACCUGGUCGCAGCCCUCUUCGCUUACUAUGAUAACGAUACUGUAGCCGCUAUGGGUCGACCGGGUGCGGUGAUCAAGUUGUCGGGCGCGGGCCCUUUCCCGGAUAGCUACGUCACGACGUCGGGAUCGGACUCCGAGGCGCUUUUCCACCCCGUCAAUCCCGACAACGCUCACGGAGUCAUCAGGGGAAUUGGCCUAUAG